AUGGGAGUGCGCUUAGAAGCAGAUCCUGCCCCAUUUGAGCCUCAAGAUGACUACAGCCUUGACCCACACCUAGACUGCAGCCUUGUGUGCAGAAGUGCUAUAGUCUUAUUGUGUACCCUUUUGGUUCUCAGUUUUGUCAUCAUCUCUGGCUUCAUGAAGGGGGACCUGCACAACUGGAAGCUCGGAGAAGAGGACUACAUAUAGGCUGGACUCAAUGACACCUCUAGCGUGGGCCCUCUGGGCUCUGGGGGAUUCGUGCCUUUUGGCUUUGAGGGGAUUCUCCGUGGAGUAGCUAUCUGUUUCUAUGCAUUUAUAGGUUUCGAGAAUAUUGUUACCAAAGUCAAAAAUUCACACAAUCCAGAGCGUUCCAUCCCCAUGGGAAUUGUGAUUUCACUGCUCAUCUGCUUUUUGGUGUAUUUUGGUGUCUCUGCGGCACUUACACUCAUGGUGCCUUACUACCUGCUUCGACCUGGGAGCACCUUGUCUGAGGCAUUUCUCCAUAUUGGCUGGGCCCCUGCCUACUGUGUUGUAGCUUUUGCAACUUUCUGUAGUAUUUUUGUCAGCAUCUAUCAGGGCUUUAUGCUCCCCAUACGGUGGGUGAUAUACAUGAUGGCACAGGAUGGCCUCCUGUUCCCUGUGCUUGCCAAGAAAUGUACCCGCACAUACACCCACAUUUUGUUCUCUGGGAUCCGUUGUAUUGUUUCAAUCAUGCUACUCUUUUUUGGAUUCGCUGAUCUCUUGGACCUCAGGUCUAGUGACCUGAUAUCUUAUUCCCUGGUAGCUUUUUGUGUUCUCAUCAUCAGGUAUCAGCCUGAGAGGAAGAAUGAGGGAAAUGAGGCACAGGUGCAGGAGGAGAUUGAGGGAAAUGAAGCGCAGCUGCAGGAGGAGAGUGGACCUGCAGCAGAGAAGCUGACUCUACAGGGACUAUUCUUUCCAGGCAGCCCCACCCCCACUCCACUCUCUGGCCAGGUUGUCGUUGUUUGCUCCUCACUGCUUGCUCUGCUGCUGACUCUUCUCUGCCUGGUGCUGACCCAGUGGCCAGGUCUGCUCUCUGGAGACCCAGCGCCAAUCACAGUGGUUGUGCUGCUCCUGGUGCUCAUCGCUGGGAUCACUGGGGUCAUCUGGAGACAGCCACAGAGCUCCACUCCCCUUCCCUUUAAGGUCCCUGCUGUGCCUCUCCUCCCACUCCUGAGCAUCUUUGUGAAUGUUUGCCUUAUGAUGCAGAUGACAGCGGCCACGAGGGCCCGAGUUGGUGUCUCCAUGCUGAUUGGGUUUGCUGUCUACUUCGGGUAUGGGAUCUGGCACAGCCUGGGACCUUAACCCCACUUAAGGGCCCAAACUGUAGACCUUGAACUCAGCAGUACCAGUACAUAUUUGGUUUGACAUCAUCACACCUGAAUGCAGUCUGGUCCCCUGCACAAUAAUGGGGAGUACUCUUGAGUAUAUGGAAAUCUAGGGUUCCUAUGAGAUAUUGGUGGGGGAACACUAAU